AUGGCGACGCAUACCGAAAACCAGCAAAACGGACGCUUAUUCAAUUACCGAGAUACUCACUCUUCUGAGAAGCAUACAAAAAGGUUCUACGAGCGGCUGGAUUAUAAUUGGGCAAUCUUUCCUAUAACUGCUACCAUCUGCUUCAUUGCUUUAUACCACAUAAGUACUUGGACUGGCUUAUACGACAAAUUUGUUGAGCCUGAGGUGCCCUGGACUCCCGACUGCACCAUUCUAGCCAUUGUCUACGCUCCGUUUCUGCUAGGACAACUUCCACCAUACUCGAUAUUAUGGGGUAUGUGUCUACCAAUGCGGCCGUUUGGAUAUAAAAAGGCGCCCAAAGGGCGUUAUUUCCGUGAACUUAAAGUUUGCUUGGUCACGAAGGGGACAUAUAUGCAGACCGUGGUCAAUUCCAUCAGGGUAUGGCAAGAUUGCAGGGAAUAUCAGAAAAUUACUUUCCACGUGGUAUUAGAUUCCGUCGAUGAUGAUAUCAAAGCAGCAAUUCCUAGUUUUGUCAAUGUGGUGAGUGUACCAGCCUCAUUUCAACCGGCCCAUGCCAAAUAUAAAGGACGAGCGUUGGAAUGGUUCCGACUGCAUUUGAAACUAUCCGAGCUGGAUUGGGUCCUUCAUCUAGACGAAGAGACUGAGAUCGAUGAGUACCUGGUAAAAGCGUGCUUUGACUUCAUUGAGCGAGGAGUAGAGGAUAUCGGGAUGGGCACAAUCUACUACACAUCGCAUAAUUAUUGGGAAAACUCAUUCUUGACCACUGCUGAGAUUUUCAGAGUUGCAGAUGACUUUGGCCGUUUCCAACUUCCAAUCAGACUUUUCAAACGCCCGUUACUUGGCUGGAUGCAUGGCUCCUUCAUAUUGAUCAAUGGUGCUGUAGAGAACAAGGUCACCUGGGACACUGGGUGUCUUGCCGAAGACUUUUGGUUUGCUUUUCACGCCGCACGUCGAGGAGUCAAAUUUGGCUGGAUUCAUGCAAUCGCACGAGAACAGCCUCCCGUCAGUGUUUCAGACUUGAUCCAGCAACGUAGGAGGUGGUACACUGGGAUAAUGUCUAUGGAUAGCUGGUUGGUCAAAUUGGUUCUCGCAAUUCCUAUGAUGGGACCGUUAGUUUAUGGAGCUUUGAAUGUAUACACAUUCAUCAGCGGGUGGAAGAUUUCGGUUUCGCAUUGGUUCUUUGUGUGGAAUUUGUGUAAUAUGGCCGUGGACAUGCAUGGCAUCAUCGUGGGUAGUGUGCUUCAGGAUUUAUACCUUGGUGACACCUCUUUGGGUGCGUUGGUUUUGCAUAUCGGUUUGACGCUGCUUUGGGCACCAGUUGUGCAGUUCGCGCAUUCAAUCAUCUUCUUAUCGGCAUUGAUUUGGCCUUCAAGCAAAUUUUUGGUGAUCAAAAAGGUAUAG